CAGCGAAACCAAAGUCAAAGGCACGCUCGCCAUCGUCGGCGCCGUUCUGCUCGUCGUCCCAGCCCCCGCCUAGUCAGCCGUGUGCACAGUCGCAGUUGGGUACUGGAAGAUGCUCUCUGAUCCAUCUACGGUGCCUCACCUCAGACAAUGGCUAGUCAGGACGCUCGAACCCAUAUGUGACGCCGAGCCAGGGGCUCUUGCGGAUUAUGUUCUUGCUCUGCUCAAACACAAUGUACCAGAAAGCGAGAUGCGAAAGGAGCUUACCAUACAGUUGGACGAAUUCCUUGAGAAAGAGGGUCCUCCGUUUAUAGAUACAUUAUUCACCGUCCUUCGGACUAAAUCUUAUCUUCCUUACGACAACACCCUUGCCUACCCUUCCUCGUCCACCCAUCACCCCAACGACGUUGGAAUUCCUAUACCGCUUGAUGGCUUAAUACAAAACAACUCCACGUCCCCAGAACGAGGACAGAAACGCAGUCUCGAAUACGAUGACCAUCGUCCCGUCAAAGGACCUCGUUUAAGUGCCAGCGGCCCGUUCUCGCGCUAUUCCGACGUUCAGGACUACCGCGUUUGGGAGGACAGGAGCGACAAGUCAGGUAUGGGAGGUGUGAACGGGCAGCGAAUCCAGUCAUACCAACCACCCGACCGGAGGGGGAUAUGUCGAGAUUAUCACAAAAACGGGUACUGUGCUCGUGGUGCCCUUUGUAAAUACAGUCACGGUGAUGACGCCUUUGUUCCUUCCCAAUUGUUCCCCAUGAAUGGGUCAGGUCCACUGCCUUUCUUGCCUAUGUUCCCGCCGUUCGCGAUACCUGGUCCUAGCGCAGCUUACGACCCGCACGAGGCACGCAUGGACAUGCGACCUGGCCCCGGAAUGAUGGAUAUGAAUGGUCGAGCUCACCAACGUCCCCCACUCAUUCCUAGAGCACAUCAAGAAGAACAUUCACGCUCGAAAAGCACUGGGGAAUUGCCUGUAAUACAGGAUCUCACGCCUCAAGACGCUGCGUUAUUGAAAACGUCGCCUCAACCGGGACAGAGCGCCAUCCAGGACACCCUCUCCAUGCAACAGCAAAGCGAGGAUUUGGAUGUGAACAUGGUCCUAGAGGGAGACACGACAAGUCCUUCCGCGCGCGACAUGCGCAGUGGAUUUGAACCUAGAGGUACACGAGGUGGGAGGGGAACUUUCGCGGGGAACGUUCAAAAUUUCCGUCCAGGAAGACGAACAGAUAAAACCCUCGUCAUCGAGAAGAUCCCACACGACAAGCUGUCGCUUGAUGCUGUUAAUAGUUGGUUCAAGCGGUUUGGAACUGUAACCAACGUUGCCAUCGACGUGCACAACGCUAAGGCGCUUGUCAGCUUCUCGGAACACCACGAGGCAGUUGCUGCAUGGAAAUCUGAAGAUGCAGUUUUCAACAACCGAUUUGUGAAGGUAUUCUGGCAUAGGCCAUUGGAAGGUCACGGUCAGAAAGGUACACGGAUGUUGGCAGCAUCUGCUCCUCUCGUGGCGAGCAUCUCCAGUCGACCAUCAGCUUCGGCGAAUGCUGCUUCCCCUCCUGUUCAAGCGGAAACACCGACACUUGCGCCUGCACCGACAGCCGUCCCCCCUCGCAAGCUACCGGUGUCCAAUACCGCAUCAGACCUCGCCACAAAGCAAAGACUUCUCGAGCAGCGGAUCGCAGAGCAGAAAUCUCUGAUGUUGGCAUUGGCAACGGCAACCUCGGAGGAAAAGAAGCAAAUCAUGGCCCGGCUGCGAAAACUUGGGGAGGAAGUACAGCCGGGGGCGACCCCUGCUUCAGCUGCCGAGAUACCGCAGUCACCGUCGCCCGCCGCAGGACGAGCGACCAGUGCUACUGCUCAGGCAUCUGACCAUGAGCAGAGGGAAAGGGAGCAGUUAGACAAGGAACUCGAACUUCACAGUGCAACCUCUGGCCGAGAGUCCACGGAGGAGUUGCAGGCUAGGCUGGCAAAACUGAGAGAAGAGGCUGCAACCUUGGGCAUAACGGAAUAUGGGUCUCCUGUGCCUGGAGCCUACCGACCUUACAGGGGGCGUGGUCGUGGAGGUCGUAGUUUCCACCGGGGUGCGGGAAGAGGCGGCCCUCCUCGAGGCAGCAUGAAACUGGACAACAGACCCAAGCAGUUACUCAUAAAGGCUGUUGCAGAUGAUGCAGUGCCAGCAGUACGUAGUUGGUUUGAGACAACUGGUCAGUUGGAAUCCGUUGAUACUGUGGAUGGCAACGUUGUCGUUGGUUUCCGCACGAGAGCAGCGGCGGAACAAGCUCUUGCCAAAGGCAACGACAUACCUUCCAUCGGCACCGUACAGAUCAUUUGGCAUACUGCCCAACAACGGCCGAGUUCUGGCUCGCAAGCGCCGGCGUCGUCUGAGCAACAAACCGACAAAGGUACUGGUACUGAGGAACCUAUACGAGAUUCCCCUCCGUCACCUCGCCCGCAAGAGGAAGAGGUUGUUUCGAGUGGAUGGGGUGAUGCUGGCGAGGAUGGCAUGGGAUUCUAAUUGCAUCGUAGAAAGAGUAUCUUUUGCUGCGAAUAUCCUUAUUUCUGCCCCUUCCUAUGUGCAUAUCUGGUCUGCUACUUUGUUCUCUCAGCUCACAGUUUAUUCUCGGCGUGAGGUGGACAUCCAUGUUUCCUAACACAUCAGCUGCGGAGCCACCAGAGCGAAAGUUGAACAUGUGUUCCUGUUUUAAAUCAAUUACCAGCUGCAUCAGUGAAAUUAGAUUUUGGCC